AUGGGCCAAGAUAACAUCGUUUUGGAUGAUAUGACAGGGCAAGCUGCACCGGGUAUUAGGGAUUUGAUUUUACCUAACUCAUUCACUAUCCACCAACAAGGCGACUCGGAGACUAAAUUCAAACUGCGAGGAAACGCAGGUAGCUCGUCGCUAUCAAUUUCGUGCACAUACAAAAGUACAGAAGAUGAUUUCGAAGCAAGAGUCAAUCUUCAGUCUGGCACCGACGAAAAUGCGCCUCCGCUAGCGACGGUGAAGUACACCAGAAACAGCGCAGAGCUGGAAUUUAUCAACACCAUACCUCCCAAGCACAUCGACAUGUACUACCAACUCAUCGGUGACCGAAACGCUAUGUAUUCAUUUAGCGUGAACCUACCACAACGGAUGCUGUUUGAGUGGAGGAACAUCGGCGAUGGCGAGGGGUGGAAGUUGUAUGUUCACUCGAAGCCAGAAGUGUUGGCGACGGGUGCGUUGAAUAUGGGAUCUGAUAAGCCAACGCGGUUUGAGUUCAUGGAUAUCCAGGCUGUGGAUGAGUUGAGCGAGGAGUGUAAACUAAUCAUUAUUGUAUCGUGGUUGAGGAUCUGGGAUAAAGUGCGGAUACAAUUCAGACGGGCGCCGGAUGAGGGCGAGACAGAGCUUAUACUAUGUAGUUGUGGCUUUUGUGUUAUCCUUUAG